AUGCAGUUCCACAACAAUCCCAAUUCCGUGACGAUGAAGCCCGACCUGUGCUUCGCGGCGCGCGGGGCGCUGUACCUGGUGGCGUGCGCGGUGAACACGAGCACCUACCAGGACGGCUUCAACUUCAACCCCGGCCAGGAGGUUGCUGGCCCGCCCUUCAACGACCGCUGCAUCGCCGUCACGGGUCGCUGCGCGUAUGCCUGCAUGGAGCAGCAGACUCCGAGGUUGCACAAGUGCAUGGACGGCAUGAUCUCGGCAGACGACCUGGUCGAGUCCCCGGAGGAGUUCGAGCCGCCCGUCAACGACGGCAUGGCCGUGAACAGCUUCAUGUUUGUGCUGCUGCUUGGCUUCGCAGUGAAGCUGGUGACAUACUUCCCAGGCCUCUUCAUUCCCUAUAAGCACUCGAAGACAUACAGCCCGGAGAUGACCGACGAGCUCAAGUACAUAGCCGUGUGCUGCCCCAGCGGAGGCGAGUCGAAAGCCGUCGUCUUGCGAAACCUGGUCGGCGGCAUCUCUGGCAUGCCGAAGAACUGCAGGAGCCACUUCCACAUCGUCUUCGCCGACGAGGGUCACCGGCACCCGCAGAAGAUUAUGUUCAGGAAGCUCGUGGACGUGCUGGAUAAAAUCCCAGACGUGCCCAUGACAGGCAACAGCGGGGGCAAGCGCUCCCCCAGGCGCGCGCGCCACGGCUACAAGGCCGGCAACCUGAAGAUGUUCACGAAGUUGUGGACGGAGCAGACGCGGCAGACCACGCUGGCAGGCUGCGACACCGACAAGAUUGCCGCGAAGGCUGCGAAAUUGCGCAAGGAGGACCCAGAUGGCAACAAGAAGGAGGCCGACUUCUUGGAGGCCAAGAUCGACCGGCUGGCCGGCCUCGAGGCCCUGCGCACGCUGCAG